UUUUGAGCCGAGGGUCUCUCCCGUGUUGCAUUUUCAUCGCACCAUGGGGUGCAUAGCGUCGGUGCCUCAGGACCAAGCGGCCAUCACCGAACGGUUCGGCAAGUUCGACAAAGUGGCCGAGCCGGGGUGCCUCUGCCUCCCUGUCCCCUGCAUAUGGUGGGCCACCAGCAGCAGCAAUGAUGUACCACUCAUCGUCAUUGUGGUUGUUGCGGUUUGUGUGUCGUGUUUGCAUCUCGGUGACGUCAGUCGCGUGGCAGGUAUGGUGUCGCUGCGAGUGCAGGAGGUGCCGGUGGUGGUGACGACCUACACCAAGGACAAGGUGUCGGUGCGCAUCACCGUCAACGUCCAGUACAUGGCCAUUCAGGACCCCAAAUACCUCUAUGAAGGUCAGUAAGGCAGGCACCAUCAGCGGCGUGGCGUGAUGGGGGGUAUGGUAGAUCUAUCCCCUAGCUGACUGUCCUGUCUGUGCUGCUGCAGCGUAUUACAAGCUGACGAGUCCCAGCGGACAGUGAGCAUCUGCCAACAAAGGCAAACAUGCACACACCCGUCGCAUGAGUGUGUGUGUUGUGUGUUUAGGAUCAUGUCUUAUGUGGACGAUGCAGUUCGUUCGAUGGUGCCCCACUCGCUGGAGCUGGACGAGCUCUUCGAGGCCAAGGGGCAGGUGGCACAGCACGUCGAAAAGUCACUCGCAUCGGUCAGACAGACAGACAGGGGAAAGAGGCCAAGGAGGGAGGGAGGGAGGGAGGGAGAAAAGAGGGCACUCUCUCCCAUGCCGGACGGGUGUGUGUGUUUAGGAGAUGGAGACGUACGGUUACAAGAUCGUGGCUGCGUUGGUCACCAAUGUCGAGCCCGACGAAACCGUCAGGCAGUCCAUGAACGAGGUCGGUACACGACACAGGCACCCAUUCAUCCGCUGUCAUGAAUUCAUACCCCCGUCCGUCGUGUGUGUGUCUGUCGUGUGUGUGUCAGAUCAACGCCAACAAGCGUCUGCGUCAGGCGGCCCAGGAGCGGGCAGAGGCGCAGAAGUACAUGACGGUCAAACACGCUGAGGCCAACGCUGAGAGCACCUACCUGCAGGUAACUAGGACGCACAACACGCGACAAAUGACGCAUGGCUGUCUGCCUACGUGUGUGUGUGUGUGUGUGUGUAGGGUGAGGGCAUCGCUCGUCAGCGCAAGGCGAUAGUUGACGGCCUCAAGAGCUCGGUGGAGGACUUCAAAGACUCCAUCCAAGAUAUGAGCGCAAAGGUCAGUCAGUCGGCUGGCCAAUCCAAUGCGCACACACGGCCGGCACGCGCACAAGCACAGAGAUCCAUAUGUCGUCUCGACGUGUGCCUCACGUGUGUGUGCGUGCAGGAGGUGUUGGAUCUGAUGCUCGUGACGCAGUACUUCGACACCAUCAAAGACCUCGGACACGGCGGCGUAAGCCAAGUCACCACAGAACAGAACAGACACACCGACACACGCAAAUCGAUCCAUCCCAUCUGUGUGUCCCCCCUUGUGUGCCAACACCCCCCACCCCACCCAGGGGACGAGUUUGGUGUUGACCAACAAGCGUGGGAAAGCGUUCGACGCGGAGGGCAUGAAGGGCAUCAUGAACAAGGCUGCUGCGGCCGCCAACGCCUCCUCGGCCGCACCGAGGUAGCCAGCCAGCCCACUCAUACCUUACCACCAUCAGAUAGACAGGUGAUCUGAUCUUUCUCGCCAGCCACAAUAUAUUCAAUGCAUCGACAGACACGUAUUUCUGUGUGCUGUGCUUGGUGUGUGUGUGUGGUGUGUGGUGUGCAGAGUGCCCCGUGCUGCUGGCGAUCGUAGUGAAGAGGCUGUUGCUGUGGAUGUAGCCGAGGAGCAGACGCAGGCUCCCAGGGCCGGCUUCAUGGGCUCCCUCAUGUUCGGUGGCGGGGGAGCGGGGCGUGGCAAGUGAGUGUGUGGGUCACCGGUGGCUGUCUUGUGUACAGUCGUUUGUGGGGUGGUUGUGUAUUAUCAGUAGUGGUUAGUAUCCAGCAUACCGAUUGAUAUGUUCCUGUCUGUCUGUCUGUUUGUUUGGUUGUCUGUGUUUUUCAAUGUGGGCGGCCUCAGCGCGCUGCGGUGCGAUUCACAC